AUGGAGACGCCCAAGACCGUGUUAUUCAAUUUGGAGGGUGUCUUCGAGGAUUUCUCUACCCGGCGAACAGCCCUCAUCCGCGCCCUGACCACCGAUAGGGAUGAAUUCUACGGUUUCUGCAACUCAGAGACCGAAAUUCUCUGUCUAUACGGCCAUGACGAUGGGAGCUGGGAAGUGAAGCCUCCGGAGCCGAUGGUGCCUACGAUGCUGCCGGAGCCCAUGACCGGAAUCAACCUAUGCCGGAACGACGUCAGCCGUGUUGAUUGGCUCUCAAUCGUCGCCAUCCACUCCGACGCUUGGCUGAUGUCUGUCUCUUUCUUCCUUGGGGCGUUGCUUACUUCUGAUGAAAGGUAUACUAGCGUUUCAGUUAAAAAUGAGUAA